GGUGUAUAUUAUUUUAUUGAUGGGGGUUACAAUAUAAAUCUUGUUGCUGCCUGACCAGCUCUGCUUUAAGCUUCUAAGAAAUACUCAUUGAAUUAAGAUUGAAAUUUAUGUUUUAAAAAAACUAAUACUUUAGAAAGAUUAAAUGUACAUGUAAGAAGUGUUAAAAUCAAACUUUUUGAGUAUUAAAAUGGAACAUAUGUGGAUUAUGGUUAUACCAUUGCAUAAUCCAGAAAAUUUUAUAUUUAGUGGAUUAUUUGCACUAGACACUUCUAAAACAUCUUGUAUUCUUACCAUAGUUAAAUUCGUAUUGCAAUAAGAGAUAUGCUGAGAAGAAGUCACAGCUACUCGUCACUACAAAAGGUUGAAGUGGAAAACGAAGUUGAAGAAGAAGAGGGUGAUCACAGCUCUGUUAUUCAGGCCUAUGAACACGAAAAAAGAUACUCCAUACUACGAUGGUACCCAGGAAAAAACAGAAAACCGAUGGUAAAUUUUUCUGCUACCUGUGUUUUACUUGGAACACCAGAAGAUUGCAUGGAAAUGAUAAAGAAAUACCGUCUUGGUUACAAGUUUGUCAAAACUGAAAGUAAACUUGUAAGAAAUAUAUUUGCAUCACACGGCUUUAGAGAGAUGCAUCCUAAUAGCAUGCACUUCAAUGUUAUGUGGACUGGAUCACAUCUAAAGCCAUACACAUUGCGAGCAUUGACAGAGUUUCAGAAAGUAAACCAUUUUCCAAGGUCUUAUGAGCUAACAAGAAAGGAUAGACUUUACAAAAAUAUACAACGGAUGCAACACACCAAGGGUCUUCGGCAUUUUGAUUUUGUACCACAAAGUUUUGUAUUCCCAUCCGAAUUAAACGAUUUCUAUGCUGCAUUUCUGAAAGAUCGUGGUCCUUGGAUUGUAAAACCAUGUGCUUCAUCAAGAGGAAGAGGGAUAUAUCUUAUAAAUCAUACUAAUCAAAUACCUUUAGAUGAGACUGUCUUGGUUUGUAAAUACAUUCACAAUCCUCUACUUAUUAAUGGUUUCAAAUUUGAUUGUCGUAUAUAUGUUGCAGUGACUUCUUAUGACCCACUUCGUGUUUAUAUUUACGAAGAAGGAUUGGCAAGGUUUUCCACUGUAAAAUAUGAAAAAGAUAGCAACAACCUACAUAAUCAGUGGAUGCAUCUAACGAAUUACAGUGUAAAUAAAACGAGUGAUGAUUAUAUCAGAUGUGAAGAUCCUGAGAUAGAAGAUUAUGGCAGCAAAUGGAGUUUCAGUGCUAUGCUUAGAUGUCUAAAAGAAUUAGGAAAAGAUACAGGAGUUUUGCUGCAACGAAUAGAGGAUGUAAUCAUCAAAACUAUCAUCUCUGGUGAGAUGGCAAUAGCAACGGCUUGCAAAAUGUUUGUUCCUCAUCGUGGAAAUUGCUUUGAGCUGUUUGGGUUUGACAUUUUGUUGGAUGAAAAUCUGAAACCUUGGCUACUUGAAGUAAACUUAUCACCUUCACUGGCAUGUGAUUCACCACUCGAUUUAAAGAUCAAGUCAAAUUUAAUAAGCGAUUUAUUCAACCUGACAGGAAUUGUUGCAGACGACCCAACAAUGAAAAAACCUCCAAAAUUAAUUGCAGAAGCUAAGAGGAAGCAGAGACUGUCUUCUGGUUCCUACAGCAAUGCAGAUUUGAAAUCGCUAGCCACAAAAUCUAUCAAUAAGAUUAACGAUGGCUUAAGUAAUGAAGAGCGUCGAGUUCUUCGUGAAACGAAAGAAGAGUACAAAAGAAGAGGAAAUUUUAUACGUGUUUACCCAUCUGCAGAAUCGUGGGAGCUGUAUGGCUCCCUUCAAGAGCAUCAAACUACCUUCAACAAAGUGAUACAUACAAAAUUAUAUCCGGAACUUUGGAAUUCUUCUCAAAGACCACAGUCUGCGAUGUAUAUAGCCAGAGCAAGAAAUUUUACUUCUAUUGAUAAAGCAGUUCUUUCUGAAGCUAAUGAGAAUUCAGUUCAUGGCCAGAUGUUUCAACAUCGUUAUGUUCAAUACAUGAGAAAACUUUCUUCAUGGAGUACGUUUGACCAUGCAGCAGCUCCCAGUCAAGAUGAAAUAUCUGUACCAAAAGCUUCCUUGGUGCAAGGACAAUUGCAAGAUCCGCCGUUGCAGAAUUAUGAGCGUGGUUUAAUUACGAAAAGGACAAAAAAUUAUGAAACUAUUGAUGUGAAAGAUCUAAUAAGUAAAGGACAACACUUGGAUAAAUUUCAAGCUCGGGAGGCAUUUGCUGUUUAUCUACAACGCGUUCAACACAGACUUCUUCAAGAAAUAAGUUCAAGUCAUGACGUCAUGUUUAGUCAAAUAUCAAUUGGUGAAGUUGAGAAACAAGAACAACAAAUCGAUCUGAUUCACAGGUUUUUGUUGAAGGCAGCAGUAAACUUGAGUAACCCGAUAAAUAUUGUUGUUCCCCAUAAAAAUUUGCCUAUCUUGGAAAGGAAAAAGACACUUGCCAGACAACUGAAUGACUUUGUAAGAGUUUAUACCAGGGAAACUCAACUUCUAAGUGCGAAUGAAGACAACCACAGUGACACGCAGGGUGCAACGUUUGUUAUUGAUGAAAAUUCAUUUCAAAUGUUCUUGGCUGUGUCCAGCGAGUCAGAAUUGGAAGAAAUAUUAACAACGUACACAAGACACAACCGAUCUGCUAGCAUAUUUCUUGGCGCGAAACCUUCAAAAUAUGGAGCACGAGCAAAACACGAAACAAGUGAAGCGAAUCCCUCCAGUAAAUCAAGAUAUCCUUCUGAAGAAAAGAUAUUUCCUAAAAGAUCUCAAUCUGCCUCUUCGGCGAAAAAUUCUGUUUCGCUUAAUCGGCCAAAAUCUUGGAAGCAAAACUUAAAGCGUGCAACCAGUCAUGAUGGAAGCGUGGUCACACCGGCUAUUGAUAAUGAUAGUGAUACAUGUCACUCCGACAACAAACCUCCAUCUGGCAAAAACAAUAUACUACGCCCACUAUCGACGUGCAGUAACCGCCUGCUGGAGAACAACACCUCACAUCAACGCCACUUUUCAAGACCUUCGACAAGCGACAGUAGAAUUCAUUCGAGAAGUUCAAAUUGCCACCAAAGACAUCAUUCUGCUGACUCGCUUGUUCGAACACGUUCUGCUAGUAAGUUACGACCGGACUCGAGCAAACAAAGACUACACUCCAUCGCAACGGUGUGCGCGUAUACUGGUGCGGAUGAUAUGUUAAAACACUAUUGGCAACUUCAACAGAGAGAACCUGGUUCAAGACUGUCAUCGCGUCCACCUUCCGGUCACUGUACCAGCCAUGAUGCAGAGGAGGUGCGGUUGAAGAAAGCGUUGAAUAAACUAUCGAUUAAACAAUCCGAACGCACGUAUUGUUCGAACAACAUUAAAUCACACGACAGAAAAACGUCCAAAACAAAGCUUGAUGCAAACGAUAACCGACUUUAUAACGACCUGCAUUCAGAUGCGAUCACUGAUGACGAUAAACUGGAAGAAUUUAUACGCUACGGUGAUAAGUUUGUUUUGGAAAACGAAAAAAGUUUUAAAACUGAUCGAAAGAACUGCCUACAUCAAACUGCUAGCACGCAGACGGUUGAUAAAUAUGAUGAAGAAGUCAAUUCGAAAGUCGGGUCUGAUAAAAGAAGAACAGUGUAUGGUGUGCCUCGCCCACCUGAAGGAAAAAAGCCAACUAUUAAGAAGCAAUUUAGUUCACAACGGAUGAAUAGAUUACUGCAGAAGAAAUGAGGUGCGCAAGCCGAUACGAAGUAGACAAUUUAUAUUUGACAAGACCUUGUAAUAAAACUGCUGUAGGAAAUUUUUAUAAAAAAUCUUUGAAAGUAGGGGAUCUAUUUAAAUUCAUGUCAUGAAAAACUUGAUCGCGAUUUUUUUUCUCACUUUCUUACAUAAAGCAUAGAAACAUACUGACGAUGAAGAUGACAAUAGGAAAGUCAUGUGAUCUAAUAAUUUCUUUAAAAAAGUAUUUGCUACAGUGUGGCUUAAAUAUUAUUCUUUUAUAUUUAUUUAGGUUUUUAUAAAAAUUGUAUAUUUUUAUAUUGUACAUACUUUCAAAACUGAUAGUUGGCGAUUUUAAUAAUUGUAUAUAAAUAUCUGUUCAUAUGGUCGUAAAUAUAUUUCUGAAAAUUUCUUGUCCAA